UCCAUUUCGCGUCCCUGCCAGGUACUAUCGUACCGAAGCCCUCCCCCUCAUCCAUUCCCCAUUGCCGGGGCCAGCCUUCGAUACCCACGAACGGGCGGGAAGCCCGGCCAAACCCUCAUCGAGUAGGCGAUUAAAUUGGCAGCACGCAGUCCAAGCGACUUCAUACAUAAUCAUCAUCCUCAGCGCUCCGCCAACGUGCUUUUAUCUUCCCCGCUUUUAGCCUGGUCCGACACGACUACCCGUAAGCAAAAUGACCGACUACAACGCCCUCUACCAGCACAGUCUCUACUUGUCCCCUGAUCAACAGGAUCUCCUCCUCGCUGCUCUCUCUUCCAACAAUCCGCCUCAGAAGCAGCAGAACAACACUCAGCCAUCGGGACCCAAGUCCGAUCCUGAAUCUACCCCUGGUAACGCCUCAUCCGCGAGCUUCAACAUGAGUCCUGCCUUUGACCCCUCCCAGCCUCACUCUGGGGGCCUGGGUUACGGGGAUGACGAUAGCCCUUUUCUCGACUUCAACCCCGAGCUCGACUUUGAUCUCCAGGGCUCCGAGAACCUGAUCGGCGAUCUCCCCGAGAGCUUGUCGGAAGAACCUGAAUCGGGCGAGAAGAGAAAGGAUAUGGAUGAACCCUUGGAUGAAAAUGAAGGGUCGGGCAAAAAGCGGCGCGAAAGCGACGACAAGGCGGCCAAGAAGCCGGGAAGGAAGCCCUUGACUUCCGAGCCAACUUCGAAGCGCAAGGCACAGAAUCGGGCGGCGCAGCGGGCAUUCCGUGAGCGGAAGGAGAAGCAUCUGAAGGAUCUGGAGACAAAGGUGGAUGAGCUGCAGAAAGCGUCGGACGAUGCUAGUCAAGAGAACGGGCUGCUCCGCGCCCAGAUUGAACGUUUGCAGGUUGAACUGAAAGAAUAUCGCAAGCGUCUCUCGUGGAUGACCACUGGAAACGGGGUCUCCGCCAUGAAUGCCAUCCCAGGAGCCCAUUCCAAGGGAGGAUAUGGCCUACACAACAACGACUUCAUGUUCGACUUCCCCAAGUUUGGAGAUCUUCCGGGCUCGCAAAUCUUCAAUAACAGCCCGCUGGCUAGGACACAGCAAAACAACACCAAGGGAGAACAGCCACCAGCCGCACCCCGUAACCACUCCUAUGUUCCCGGUGUCCUGAGCCGAAACGCUCUGAACGGUCAACGAGCCAACAGUGUCGCUGGGUCGCAGCAGGGAUCCACCCCCGGCUCCAUGACGAACGCGACUCCGAAGCUGUCGUCGGUCCACGGCGGUAGCCAGUCUACCUCCACGCAUGAUGUCUCUAACACUGACUCGCCAUCGUCUUCGUCCGAUUCACACCAGAGCCACGGUAUCUCGUCCAGUGGCACCUCCCCAGAACCGACGACGAACUCGCCCGCGACCAAGCUGCACCACCACGAUCCCCACGAAGCCUGCACUUAUGCCUCCAUCAACGGGGAGGAGUCAUUUUGUGCGCAGCUUGGUAUGGCAUGCGGCAAUAUCAGAAAUCCCGUUCCCGCUGUCAGGCAUAACAGCCAAAGCGCUUCGAACACCCCCAAUGAGCCAGCUACCCAUGACGAGCCUUCUAAUGAAGAUAUUUCCGGGCUUGAUACGCUCGCUGAACAGAACGGUGGCCAGUUUGAUCCCGUGCUGUUUGGGGAUUGGCGUGAGCCCCAGGAUGCGAUUCUGUCCCAGGACUUUGGAACUUUCUUUGAUGAUGCGUUCCCCCUUCCGGAUCUGGGAAGCCCUUCGCACAACCUCACUGAAGUGACCAACCAACCGCCAGCAAAGAAGGACCUGAUCGCCGAGAUCGACAGUAAGCUGGAUGAGGAGGAAAUGGUACCGGGUGAAGACAAGUCUCUGAUGUUGAGCUGCACGAAGAUUUGGGAUCGUCUGCAAUCCAUGGAGAGGUUCCGCAACGGCGAACUCGAUGUCGAUAACCUGUGUUCCGAACUACGCAUGAAGGCCCGGUGUUCCGAGGGCGGGGUGGUCGUCAACCAGCAGGAUGUGGACGAUAUCAUGGGACGGGCCAAGUAGUCCCCCGGGGAAAGCACGACACGGAGCAGCCGCGUCGCCCGCCUGCCUCCGUCGCCACUCUCCUUACCAUCAUUCUGCGUUUCAGAUACCCAUACCUAUAAUACAACACCGUUGUUGACGCCGUUACGACAAAAGAAAAUGGAUACGAGAGGUUUCGAAUGAACGCAAGGGACGAAACC